AUGCUGGAUCCGGGACCGCCAGCAAACCUUUCUCCUUUGGAGCCAACAAGGACGCAUCUGCUACGUCCUCAGCACCUUUUGGAUCUUCAGGUCAAUCCAGCUUGUUUGCCAAGCCCGAUGACAAGACAAGCACAAAUUCAACUCAGCCAGGAUUGUCGUUCGGCAAUACAGACAAGAAGGAGAGCCCCAAACCAAACUUCUCUUUCUCAAAGCCCGAAGAGAACAAGAGCUCACCUGCUUCUGGACUCUCUUUUGGCCAACAAAACGAAAAGAAAGAUACACCUGCUGUUUCUUUUGGAAGUACCACUGACAAAAAAGAUGCUACUCCUGGUUCCUCCUUCAGCAAACCAGAAGAAAAGAAGGAGAGCACUGCCAGCUCGGGAUUUUCGUUCCAAAAACCAGAAGAGAAGAAGGAAGCAUCAGGAUUUACAUUUGGGAAAACCGACGAAAAGAAAGACACCGCAUCAAGUUCGGCCUUUUCCUUUGGUAAGCCAGCGGAAAAGAAAGACGCUUCACCUGGAUUCUCAUUCGGCAAGCCAGAAGAAAAGAAAGACACCACAACUUCCUCUGGAUUGUCGUUUGGAAAACCAGCGGAAAAGAAGGAAGGCUCAUCUGGAUUUUCUUUGGGUACAACAGAGAAGAAGGAUACUCCUCUGA